UUUCGGCCCGAGUCCUGGCGUCGGCGAGCAGACCGAGGCGGCGGCAGCCGGCCAUGAAAAAGAAGAGAGGGUUAGCGGAGGGCGCCGCGGCCGACGAGGGCAAACCGACGGCGAAGAAGGCCGUCGCGGCUGCUGAAGGAGAGCCCCUGGUAAAGAAGGCAGCAAAGCGGAAGGCGUCUCUGGGCGACGCGGCCUCAACAGCGGGGCAUGGCACUCCGGCUCAGGACGGCGCCGCUGCUGCUGCUGCUGCUGCGCCGAACAAGAAGAAGAAAGGCGCGGCGGUCCUCGAGGCUGACAAAGCCGAUCUCAUCAAACAAGCCAUCGAGGAGAUCAGGACUGGCAUCACUGCCCCCGGAGCGCAGGAGAAGGGAAAAGCAUUUGUCCCUAAGAACUGGGCGGCGCGUUACAGGGAGGCGCUCGGCUCGUUCAAGGCGUUCCUGAAGAGCCAGCCGAGCGAGUUCCUAGUCGUUGAGGAUGGGCAGGGCGACUUCACCGUCAGAGCCGCCUCCGACGCGGAGCCGGUGCCGGUGCCGAAAGAGAUGCCCUGGGCAACGCAGCUGCACAAGGCGUGGCUGGCCUACUGCAAGGCGGUGCCCAGGCCGCUGCGGGACUUCCGGGGAGGGUUCCUCGCAGCCGUGCCCGGCGGCGGCAGGCCCGCCUCGGCAGGCGGCGGGGGCGAGGAGCGGGAGCCCGAGGGGCCCCCGCCGAAGAAGAAGGAAGGCCCGCGCCGCCUGAGCGGAGGGCGCCUCGGCCUCGGCGAGACGCGCGGGCGGCUGGUAUCACAAACGGUCGCGGCGCACGCGGGGGGGGAGGGGAUCCGCGCUGGGGAGGCGCGGGCCUCUGUG